CUCAUCCAUGUUCACUGGUGCACUGCUGCUGUUAGCUGGUUUUGUCACGACAAUAACAAUGUAUUUCUCUCCCUAGAAAUCUAAAUCCCGAGGACAGAUUUCGAUUUUCAGAAACUGUCAAUAGACUCAGGGAAAACUUUUUACUGUGUGUUAUUAGGUUUGAAGGUGUCAUAUGAAUCUCAUCUUUUGGGGGAGGACAUGUUACUACGCUGAAAUACCUGAGGAAACUAACGCUACCAUUUCAUAAUGGUACUACUUUUGGAAGAUGAUCCUGCCAUCAUCAGGGUCAUGGAUGAGAUGCCUGAGGGCUCUUGCGAUAAGAAAUCCUACUCGCUGCCGCCAUCCUCAUCAGUUCAAGAACUGUACACUACUGUUAUGAAUGGAUGUGAUUAUAGUCCUGACUCUUGCACUUUAUUGGUUACGAAUGAUCAUGUGGAGUUUGAAGUCAAGAGAGAUGAUGAGCAAAGUUUGAAAGACGCAGGUCUCUCAUUGGGAUCUUCUAAACAAAACAUUUUAAAGAUAGUCCCACGUGAAUCUACAACACCUCCAUCCAUCGUUAUCAGCUUGGCAAACAAAGGGGAAGAUAGUAAUGACGCUAAUGCAGAUAUUGUAAAUGGCAGACAGACUAAUUCUUUGAGGGCGAGGACGAGGAUGAAGAUGAGAGAGAGUGACAGAAGCUUUUCUGCAGGUUGUAGAAGAAUAUUAGAAAUGAGAUACCUUGAAAGUCAUACAAAUGUUCCUGCUCGAGACAAAUUGCUAGCUACAAAUGUUUCUUCUUCUUGUAGCAAUUGGAGCACAGGUUACGUCGGUUUAGUCAAUCAAGCUAUGACAUGUUACUUAAACAGUUUGCUCCAAGCCUUGUUCAUGACUCCCGAGUUUCGCAACUCACUUUACAAAUGGGAAUUUAUUGGAUCUCCUGAAGAAACUCCUAAGUCUAUACCAUUUCAACUUCAAAAGCUGUUUUUAAGUCUUCAGACAUCUUCUCGCAGUGCUGUAGAGACAAGCAAAUUGACUAGAAGCUUUGGUUGGGAUGCCAGUGAUUCAUGGCAACAGCAUGACAUUCAAGAACUGUGCCGAGUAAUGUUUGAUGCUUUAGAACAGAAGUUUAAAGAUACAGAUCAAGCCGAUUUCAUCAACAAUCUCUAUCAGGGCAAACUAAUUGACUAUGUCACAUGCUUAGAGUGUAAAACUGAGAAAACUCGUAUUGAUACUUUCUUAGAUAUACCUCUGCCAGUCCGUCCAUUUGGCAGCACUGUUGCAUACAACAGUGUGGCAGAAGCUAUGCAUGCUUUUAUCCAGCCAGAAAUUUUAGAUGGUAAUAACCAGUACUUUUGUGAAACAUGCAACAAAAAGUGUGAUGCUCAUAAAGGCUUGAAGUUUUCCCACUUCCCAUACAUUUUAACUCUUCACCUGAAGCGGUUUGACUUUGAUUAUAAUGCAAUGACUCGUAUCAAGCUAACUGACAGGGUGGAAUUUCCUAAUUUCUUAAAUAUUAAUGGAUACCUUUGUGAGGAAGCAAGGACUUUGCUUGUCAAACAAGAGUCAACCGUUUUAGAGCAGCCUCCAAGCCCAGUCAAUGAUGAAGAUUCAAGCGACCGUUCAGUGAAAGGGGAUGACACAAGCACCACAGAUAGUGCAUCCACAGUUGAGGAUGAAGGGUGCCAGGCAGCAGGGACUUUGCAUGGAUCAACAAGUGGCAGCAAUAGCAGUGGCAGCAAUGUAGACAUGCAGGACUUUGAUGAAGGAAUUGACCUAAGAAAUGGAACCAAUCAAGAUGACAAUGAAAACAACCGACGUCAGACAGAAGGAAGUUCAUCUGGACCACCUGGACCUUAUGUUUAUGAAUUAUUUGCUAUAAUGAUUCAUUCUGGCAGUGCUUCUGGUGGCCACUAUUAUGUUUACAUCAAAGAUUUUGAAAAGGAUAAAUGGUUUUGUUUUGAUGACCAAUCUGUUACCAGAAUAACAAAUGAAGACAUAUCUAUGACAUAUGGUGGUGGAAGCCAUCGUUCAUACUAUUCCGGGGCCCAUAGCUCAAGCACCAAUGCAUAUAUGUUAAUGUAUCGUCAAAUUGACAAGAAAAGGAAUCAAUCAGCAAUGUUAAUUGAUGAGUUUCCCCCUCACAUUAAGGCCCUAGUGGAAAAAAUGCAGAAGGAUGAGGAAGAGGAAAAAAUGUACCGUGAACGAGAUAAAGAUCGAUUGAAAAUAAAGGUGUUCUGUUUCAAGCCUGGGGAAAAGACCAGAUCUGAGACUAAGUUAGUCAUUGAUGGCGACACUACUCUUGCUGAUGCAACUGCCAUAGCCCAUCAAUUAUUUUCGUUAGAGAGUGUGGUUCCUCUGGAACAGUGUCGCCUUGUUAGCUAUGACAAUGUAAAUGAAGCCAUAGACAUUAGCUUUGAUGGUCAAGACGGAGAAACAAUGAAUUCUAUCUACUUAAGCAUGCCCCCAUGUGCCCAAAGCUUGUUUCUUGAAAUAAGGGACCCUGACUCUCAAUUUGAGCCUUACUGCUCAGGAGGUGUCAGUGUGAAAGUUCAUAAGGUGGACAUAGGUAUGAAGGAAGUUGCUCUGCCUGUUGAAGUACGGGUGAAUAAGAGUUCAUUUGCGGAGAUGAAGAAAAAGAUAGCAAGAGCUCUGAAACUCUCUUCAAACAUCAAAGUCAUGGUAGAAGAGUAUGGGAGAGGCCUUGUUGAAUUAAAUUAUGAGGACUCCUUUCAGAAUUCUAAUUUCUAUUUGACGAACAAGGUCUUUGUUGCUGAGAUACCAGAGCAUGAAGCUGAAUCAGAUUUCUUGGAAAAGUUAACGGCCAUCAUUGAAGGAUACAGCAACACAAUCACCUUUUAUUGCACAUUGCCUAAUACUGACAAAGAGAGUUUGGCAAAGCUGGGAAUCACUCCGAUGUCAGGAACAGAGGAAUGCAGAACUCUAAAGUGCGAGGCAUCAGGCGACUCAAACGGAGUGAACAAAGGCGUGUCUCGGGGAACCUCUCCUCAACUUCCCCCAUUAGAAGGUGAAGAAGAAUGCCAAGGGGCCACAGGAUUCAGUGACCAAAGUACCAGUGAAGACAGCAGCCUCACAGACAGUGACAGGACUAUUGUUGGUGAUGAAGCUGACUACUGUCUAGCUGAGCUCUCUUCUUCCAGCAAUUCGCCACCAGGAUCAGAUCAAGCCUGUGUGUCGUCUCCUGAAGAUAAAGAUCUACCACCUUUAGUUAGAAUGAGAAAGCCAGAGAAAUUGUCCACUACACAGCUGGAUAAUGGUUAUAUUAGUGAUGAAGAACUUUGGAAUGGUGAUCAGUAUCAAAUUAAAAUCUUUCCCUGCAACCCUGAUAAGCAUGACAACCAAAAUGUUGUUGGCAUUGUUGCGGACCAUCGUAUGGUGUUGGGCACAGUACGAUCUGCCUUAGCUCGUCACAUGGGUGUAUCUCCUGAAUCUGUCAAACUUUUCCGCCAUCUUCCAAGGAGCAAAGACUGGAUUCGAUACGCCUCUCUGAAUUUAGGUUUGCCUUUAACUUCCCUUCGUGACGAAGAGAACUUGAUUGUACAUUUGGAGAGAGCUCUCAAGAAAGGCGAAUAUCGGGGAAAAGUGUAUCAGCUGUUAGCUGAUGAUGAGGCUGUCAAAUUUUUGUGUGAUUGGAUUGUUGCCAAAGACAUGCUUGUUGGGGAAGCUAAAAAGGAGAUAUUGGAUGAACUCAAGAAAAAACAUGAUUUAGACAUUCCCUUUGACAGGUGUAGAUUGCGUGGCAAGAAGUGGAAGGACCCUGGAAAAAUUUAUCUGGAUUCUCAAUCAUUUCAAGACCUCCAAUUCGAUUCCAACUGGGAAAUGUUUUUGCAAGAGUUGGACGAGCCAGAAAAUGUCACAAGUACAACUCAGGUCACUGUAAUGUUGAAGAGGUUCAGCAUUACAGGUCGAUCUGUUGAUGAUUUCCAUGAAAUCACUAUUCAGAGUCCUUCAUUUAGUGAACUUAAAGAAAUUGUUAGUGACAUUAGUGGUAUUCCAUUAGAAUCCUUACAAUUUGCAUGCCCUUCAGGGAGCUUCCCAUUUAUGCAGUGCCAAACCAAACAAAGAGAAAUCAAGUGGGAUUGUGAAUAUUACAGCAAAUUAGAAGAUGGAAUUGUUUUGUACUACAGAAACAAAGAUGAGGAUGGUACCUCCAAUACAUUCACCGAUGGUGUAUCCUCCAACAGUUGUGUGAGAAUGCUCUGCAGGAAAAAGAGGAACAAGGAUGAUGCAGUUUCUUCUGACUCAAGAGAAGCGGGUUUACGUAAAAAGACCGAUAAGUAUAGGAGGGAUGGAAAUGCACUUAGAAUUGUUGUUAGCCCAACUCCAUCUAAAGAAACUUCAGGACUAGCUGAGUAAUUCAUUAUAUUUUACUUUGUGUUAAAAGAAUUUGUUUUAUCCUUCUCAAAACUUUUUUAACUGUCCCAGGCUCACGGUCUUUUGUUUUUCCUACAGUUUAAACAGUUCUGUGCAUUUAUCAGUAUUUUUUCAUCCAAAUAGCCUAACAUAUCUUUAUUUCCUGCACUUGUAAUGGCACAGUGUAAUCACCUUAAAUGCUGUGUUGCUUGUUCCUUCGUUUCCUUGUGAUAUAUAUGGUCAUGAUGUUGUUAUGCAUUUGUCAGUUCCUAUUGGAAAGUUUUGUUAAGCAAUGAAACUCAUUUAUUUAAAACAUUUUCCCUGUCCCUUUGAGUGGUUCUUCUCCUUUCUCUCCCAUCGCCCAAUAUUUUUUUUUUCUUUUUGUGAAGUAUGUAUUAAUUCUGUGGAUUGGUAAGAUCAUGAUCAGUAUUAAUUUCUCAGUUUCUCUCUAUCCUGUAUUAACUCAGUGUAGGUUUCACAGGUAGGAGGCAAGUACUGUUCCUGCUUGACAUGUUACCACAAUUCUCUUAAUACUGUCUUAUUGUUUUGUCUAUUUGUCACAUCAAUAAUACUAAUGAGUGAUUUAUGUUAACGUUUAUGUAUCAUUGUGAUUUUCAACUGAUGUGUGUGCUGUGAUGUGAGUAAUAACUAUGCAUUGUCUAGUGCACUUCUGUCUUAAGCAUUUUGUGUAAGAUUUUGUUUGUGCUUUACAUCUUGUUGACCUUCAGAAGUCAGUGAGAAACAAAACUAGUCGUUCUUUGCAUUAAUUGUAAGUUAAGAAGAUGUUUUUAACUAAUCAAACGAAAUAAUAGUCUUUCACAGUGUAAUAGAAGUCAAUCGAUCACCUAACAUAUCUUUAAUGAUUGAGGUAAACAUCAGUUAAGUUUUACUUGUGCUUCUUGAUGGACGCAGAAGCUUUGUCCAGUAAAGACCUGAUAUUUUUUGAUUGCAUUUGUUGUGCACCCUUGUUACUCUUUGACUACUGUCUAACUUACAGACUGACUAUUUAUAUGGUUAAUGCUAAGUUUGCCAUUUACCAUUUUGUUCGGUAAUUGGUCAUAAUCCAAAUUGACUGGGAUCCAUAAUAUCCUGUUGGCAAAGUUCAAUUGUUCCUUGAGAUCUGAUUCACAUCACUAUCUACCUACAAUAAUAUUUAAACAAUUUGGCUUGCGAUUCCGUGCUGUACAUAUCAGAUUAUGUGAAUGAUCAAGACACUAGCAUCAUAAGAGAAACAGUAGACUCUGCUGUUAGAAAAUGUUGGAGGCACAAUUUUAGAAGAAUGUCCAACUUCUGUCGCUGACUUAAAUGAGUUGCUACAUUAUUUUCUGUGAAAAGAUUCAAUAUGUCGUGAUAUUUUACUGUCCUCUGUAAAUAAAUAAAGUAUGUAUUUCCUUGUUCA